AUGUUGCAAAGACGCUGCUGCCUUCAUCGGGAACGGGAGCUGAGCAGCUGUUGCUUCCCCAGCGGGGUCUUUGGGAGGGGGAGCCCGGCAUUAACUCCUCCAGGCCCGGCCUGGGGGGUCUGCUCUGGCUGCAGUGGAGCCAGCUCAGCCAAGAAGCCAGAAGGCAGCAAAGCAGUUGGUCGGUCCCUCCAGAAGAAGACGGAGGAGAAGCGAGGGGAGAAACGGAAAGCAGCUGAGCUGGAUGACAACAGAAAGAAGGAGGCACCACACAAGCAUCUGAUCACUCUGGGAAAAGGGAGAGAAGCAGCCAAAGCGGAGGAGGAGCGGCAAAACGAGGAGCUGCUGGGUGCUGGGAGCACUGGGGUCAGCAGAGAGGAUGGGAUGUUUCGGAAGCCACAGUCGUCAUUUGCGGAGCUGGAGAAGAGAUUCAGCGAUUUCUCUCUGAAAAGUGCCAUGCUCCAGGAGGUGCUGCUCGGAUUCAAAGCCAUCCCAAUGAUGAUUCAUUUCUGGGAAACAUCCUCAGCAGAAUUAUUUGAAGGUGUUGCAUCGGAGAGUAAAGGCACAGAGGCAGUGGCUUGUGGGAACGAGGGGGCCAGUGACCUUCGAGGAGGUGGCUGUGUAUUUCACCAGGGAAGAGUGGGCUCUGCUGGACCCCUGUCAAAGAGCCCUCUGCAGAGAUGUCAUGCAGGAGAACUAUGAGACUGUGACCUCGCUGGAGGUUCAAGUUUAGCCACCACCCACCUAGUGCAAAGGCAUGCAGCAGAACUGGCCAACCGGUACUCAGUAUUUAUGCUUGUGGCAGUGAUGGAAUAAACUGUUGGCUUAAGUCGUCUCUGGAGUAUGUCCACAGCUGGGAUGGGUCAUUCAGUCCCUUGUACAGAGCUUCAGUCUGUAGCAAAGUUCAUCCGGAGGUAAGAAGCAGGAUUGAAGACAAAAUGGAGGUGUUUCCAGGGCCUUUUAUAACUUUUGCCAUGUGGAGGGCA